AUGCUAAAGCUCCUUACUUCGACCGCUUACAGUGCUCAUCACUUCAACCCGGCUACUCGGGUCGGGUCAAACCCGGUUAAUACUCCCCUCUUCAAGGCUCUGAGUCAGCUAACCGGAAGGAACCGGAUUUCCCACGAAUUGGGUCGUCGUGCUUUCUCCUCCGAUCGCGGUGAAGCUGCGGCAGCUGAUUCCGGCACGGAAUCGUCAGCGAUUGUCUCAACUAACCCUAGCGUCGAAGAUUGUCUAACGGUUAUAGCUUUGCCCUUGCUACACAAGCCUCUGAUUCCUGGUUUUUACAUGCCUAUCUAUGUCAAGGAUCCUAAAGUACUCGCAGCUUUACAAGAGAGUAGAAGACAACAAGCUCCAUAUGCAGGGGCUUUCCUUUUGAAGGAUGACGUUUCAACUGGUUCAUCUUCUAUCUCUGAAACAGAGAAUAUUCUAGACAAGUUGAAAGGCAAAGAAUUGCUUAACCGGAUUCACGAAGUUGGCACACUUGCUCAGAUUUCAAGUAUCCAAGGUGAGCAAGUCAUCCUUAUUGGUCGUAGACGACUUCAAAUAACAGAGAUGGUGAGUGAAGAUCCUCUUACAGUCAAAGUUGACCAUCUAAAGAAUAAGCCAUAUGACAAGGACGAUGAUAUCAUCAAGGCAACAUAUUUUGAAGUUAUUUCGACGCUUAGGGAUGUCUUAAAGACAACUUCACUCUGGAGAGAUCAAGUUCAGACAUAUACCCAGCAUAUAGGUGACUUCAAUUAUCAAAAGAUAGCCGAUUUUGGAGCCGGGAUCUCUAGCGCUAACAAACAUGAAAAUCAGGGGGUUCUUGAAGAAAUGGAUGUUCAUAAACGUCUGGAGUUGACGCUGGAAUUGAUGAAAAAACAAGUGGAGAUUAACAAGAUUCAAGAAUCCAUAGCAAAAACUGUUGAAGGAAAAUUUAGUGGUGAACGACGACAUAUCUUGCUAAAGGAGCAGCUCAAAGCUAUAAAAAAGGAACUUGGGUGGGAGACAGACGACAAAUCUACAUUUUCAGAAAAGUUUAGGGAAAGGAUUAACGCGAAUAAAGACAAAAUUCCAAAGCAUGUACUAAAAGUGAUAGAAGAAGAGCUAAAAAAACUGGAGCUGUUAGAUACCGAGUCAGGCAAUUUCGAUGUGACCAAUAACUACCUUGAUUGGUUGACCGUGUUGCCUUGGGGAAAUUUCAGUGAUGAGAAUUUUGAUGUCCUAAGGGCAGAAAAGGUUCUUGACGAGGAUCAUUACGGGUUGUCUGAUGUAAAAGAACGAAUACUAGAGUUUAUUGCUGUGGGAAGACUUAGAGGCACUUCAGAAGGGAAGAUCAUUUGUCUCUCUGGCCCUCCUGGAGUAGGUAAAACUAGCAUUGGGCGUUCUAUUGCACGCGCUCUUGACCGCAAGUUCUUCCGGUUCUCUGUUGGAGGACUAACUGAUGUUGCCGAGAUUAAGGGGCAUCGUCGAACAUAUAUUGGUGCCAUGCCUGGAAAGAUGGUGCAAUGUCUAAAGAAUGUUGGAACAGAAAAUCCUCUUGUUCUGAUCGAUGAGAUUGAUAAGCUUGGAAGGUGCCACACUGGCGACCCAGCCAGUGCGCUGUUGGAGCUUCUGGAUCCAGAGCAGAAUGCGAAUUUUCUAGACCACUAUCUCGAUGUUCCUAUCGACUUAUCAAAGGUCUUGUUUGUAUGUACAGCAAAUGUAGUAGAUACGAUUCCGAGUCCUCUGCUAGAUAGAAUGGAAGUGAUUACUCUCGCUGGAUAUAUCACUGAUGAGAAAAUGCAUAUUGCUAGAGACCAUUUGGUGAAAAGCACAUGCAAAGACUGUGGCAUUAAGCCUGAACAGGUUGAUGUGAGCGGUGCAGCUCUUCUUUCAUUGAUAGAAAAUUACUGCAGAGAGGCAGGAGUUAGAAAUCUCCAGAAACAGAUUGAGAAGAUUUAUCGUAAGAUUGCUCUUAAACUAGUACGCCAAGGAGCUAGUACGCCUGCAGUUUCUGUUGAUGUUACUGACUGUGAGGACACUAAAUCAUUGGCCAAGACCAAUUCGGAGUCCACAGAGACGUCUGCAGAAAGGUCCACUGAGUUAACAGAUGAGUCAGCGAAUGGGGAUUCGUCAACACACUCAAAGACUGAGCAGAGUGGAGCGGUAGCUGCAAAGGUUUUGAUUGAUGAAUCAAACCUUGCAGAGUAUGUCGGGAAACCAGUGUUCCACGCAGAGAAGCUCUAUGAACAGACACCGGUCGGGGUUGUAAUGGGUCUAGCUUGGACAUCCCUGGGUGGCUCGACAUUGUACAUCGAGACUACUUUUGUAGAAGAAGUAGAACGAGGUCGUCUUCGUAUAACGGGUCAGCUUGGAGAUGUGAUGAAGGAAAGCGCAAAGAUUGCCCACACGGUCGCCAGAAGUAUAAUGCUUGAGAAAGAACCCGAGAACCUGUUCCUUGCGAAUUCCAAACUUCAUCUACAUGUUCCUGCAGGAGCCACUCCAAAAGACGGUCCAAGCGCAGGCUGCACCAUGAUCACUUCCUUGCUAUCACUUGCCAUGAAGAAGCCUGUAAGGAAGGAUCUUGCAAUGACCGGAGAAGUCACUCUAACUGGUAGAAUUCUUCCAAUUGGCGGCGUGAAGGAAAAGACUAUAGCUGCGAGACGGAGUCAAGUGAAGAUGAUAAUCUUUCCUGAGGGUAACCGUAGAGAUUUUGAUGAGCUCGCGGAAAACAUGAAAGAAGGGCUUGAUGUUCAUUUCGUCGAUGAAUAUGAACAGAUUUUUGAGCUAGCCUUUGGCUAUGACCAUUAG